CUCCGUUCUCCUCGGUCAGUCCGGACGGAGCGAUGGGGGAUAACAGCACGCAUCCCAUCCUGGAAAUCUUUCAGUUCUUCAGCAUGAGAGACGCGAUCCUUGCGUUCUGUCUGUCCAUGGUGGUGGGACUCCUGCUGGGCGCUUUAGUGUACGUGGUGCUCACGUGGAUGGCACGUCGUCGGGCGUCUGCCACCAUCACCCGCAUGCCAUCUCCGCGCUCUUCUGGCCGCCCGUCAUCCCCCCGGACUCGGCCCCUCGCCUUCAGCCGCCAGAGCAGUGCCUACGACCGGCGCAGCAACAACAGCAUGGCCAGCGCCGCCUACUCUUUCCAUAGGCAGACCUCGUCUUCACCCAUCGAUCACGCUGACCUGCUGGGUCGCAAGGACAGCUUCAGGGCCUCCACUUUCCACCCGCUGAUCCAGUGCAGUCAGAUCGCCCGCGAGGCCGAGGAAGGAAACCACGGCACCCUGUCCACCAGCCCCGGAGCCACCGGCACCAACAGCGCCGCCGGCUCCAUGGUCACUCCACCAAGGCCCAGGCCUAGACCCAAUUCCUUCUGGGGUAACAGCAGUCUGGGAGUCACACAGACGCCACCACCAGCCUAUAACAGCAUCAUACGGGCCUAUCAGGAGACCAGCACUUGAGAGAUGAGGAAAACACGCCCCCUGGUGGAGGAGAAGGAAGUUCACCGACCGGGAGAUGAUCAGAGACUUGGCGAUCUCUUGCUGAUUUGGGAGCAGAUUUAUUUACGAUGCACAGUGUGAAAACAAAAACUGUCAUUUUUAUUACUGUCAUUGAAAUAAACAUACAGAGAGCGUAUGAUUACUGGCACUUAAACGGGACAAGCCACAAUCACAGAGCAUCCGUCACCAGACUGUGUCGUGAGUGUAACGACUGAACGCUGAUGAUUCUAUGCAUGGAGUCAGUGUUAUAAAAAUGUCUCUAUUCGCAGUAUAUUUUAUUGACAUCACUAAUAAAAAAAAAAAAAGACAUGGCUGCGUUUUCCUAUUUCAUUAACCUCCUAAUAAACUUUAAUAAUUAGAUGAAAAUCCACACUGAAUGAUGAUCUUUAUAAAUAACACCUCAAAGAUUUCAGCUUCUUUCAUUUGAAAGUUUCACGUUGGUUGACCCUCUCCUACAUGAACCACGGUGCCCUACAACAUCUUGAUUAGGGUGUGGUUACAUUUAACCCUCACUUUAUCUCUACCGAAAGAGUGUGAUGCAGCGGCGCUUUAGUACUUAAAUUCCAUUUUUCUCUCCUCCUGAUCUGUACACUCUGCUCAAACGGAUCAGCUUCCACCUUUCACCCUAAUCCCGGUCAGCGUUGUCACGCUCAUCAUCUCGAACUCUGCGCCGCCUUCUGAGCUUGCGCCAACAUCUGCACUACGUCUACGCUGGAUUUCUCAUUAAUAUGUAGUUUAACAUCGCUACAAAAUGAUGAGUGAGAAAAUAAGCUCUUGCUCUUUUCACUUCAGGAGGAAAACGCAAAAUUAUAACUAAUGCCUGAGACUAUCCUAAUGUACACCAAUCAGGCACAACAUUAUGACCACCUGCCUAAUAUUGUGUUGGUCCUCCUAUUGCCUCCAAAACAGCCCUGACCCGUCCUGCACUGUGUAUUCUGACCGCUUUCUAUCAGAACCAGCAUUAACUUCUUCAGCAGUUUGAGCAACAGUAGCUCGUCUGUUGGAUCGGAUCACACGGACCAGGCUUCACUCCUCACGUGCAUCAGUGAGUCUUGACCGCCCAUGACCCUGUCACCAGUUCACCACUGUUCCUUCCUUGGACCACUUUUGAUAGAUACUGACCACUGCAGACUGGGAACACCCCACAAGAGCUGCAGUUUCGGAGAUGCUCUGAUCCAACGUCCCUUUCUCUAACAGCUGCUCAUUUUUGUCCUAGUAUCUAGUUUUUGAUAUAAACUUCAUACUAGUGCACUCAAUCUAAACCUAUACCUUCACUUUGAUUGUUUCUAGGCUUAGGCAGUCACUAAGGUCCUCCACACCACUAGGGGGCCAUGUUUUGUAUGAUACUUUGGUGCUAAGACAUAAUACACUUGUGGGAUAUUUUCAGUGAUGUUACCAAGCUCCAAGGUUCUCCUUGAGUUCUGCAGUUUGAGAAGUAUGACCAGGGUGGGGGGGUGGAUCGAUGGUGUUCCAGUCAUUUAGGAUCCCAGAAAUCAGCUGAAUUUAGACACCUAAAGCAUGUGGUAUGUUUUAACAGCUGCUAAAUCAUACCAACCACUCCACUAGUCCAUGGUGAACACAGAACACGAGUGAAGUGGAUUAAUACUUACAACAUUUUUUGGAGGUACGCUGUUAAAGUGCAUUACUUACAUCCCGAC